UUUUAAAAGGCAUAAUAUUUCAUGAAACUUUGACGUAACUUAAAAACUAAUUAAUAUAAUGGCAUGCUGUGGUAGCAGGGACAAGCCGUGUUACAAUACAACCGAUUCGCUCACGAGAAGCAAACAUAAUGUGACGUCAAAUCAGCUGAAAAUAGUUCUGGUAGGACAAGGAGGUGUUGGCAAGUCUAGUAUAACAUUACAAUAUGUGAAAGGACAAUUCAAUGAAUACAUUGAUAUGACAAUUGGAGCGGCGUAUUUCUACAAAACGUUAUUGGUAAAUGGUAAAAGCAUCAAGCUAGAUAUAUGGGACACAGCAGGUCAGGAUAGAUUCCGGUGUGUAGCAGCAAUGUUCUACCGAGGCGCAGCAGGAGCAAUCGUAGUGUAUGACAUCACAGAUAGAGAAUCUUUCCUUGGGGCCCAAACUUGGAUUAAACAAAUUUUACAGAAUUCCAACAAUCCAGUAGAGAUAUGCCUUGUUGGUAAUAAGUUAGAUUUAGCAGACUCGAGAAGAGCAGUUUCCGUAGAGGAGGGUAAGUCCUUUGCUGAGAAGAAUGGAUACUUGUUUGUUGAGACUUCAGCAAAGACUGCAGAAAACAUAGAUGGCUUGUUCAAACAAUUGGUGCGGAAGAUAGUAAAUGCAGAUGGAGACGUACCAGAUUCACAUGACAACGACAACAGUAUCAAAUUAACGUAAUCUUUUCUCUGCAUGGAUGAUGUCAUCAUCAACGAAGAUAUUAAAAGAGGAGAUUAUUUCUCGAAAACAUACUUUGUGCCAUAACAUUGUUACAGUGGGUUUAAAAAUGCAAAUGAAAGUGUGUUUUCUUAUCAAAAUUAAAUGUAACUUGUUUGUACAGCUUGGCUACUCGUGUUCAAGAUUGGAUUGAGCGAGUAUGUAUUAUCUAUGAUUGAUCAUCAAAUGUUUUACAUAGUCCACCGAAAGAUUGCGACAACAAAAACUCGACUAUGUUAACUUUUGGAACAAGUGAAUGAUCAGUGUUUAUUUUCAACUCGGUGUAGUUGUUUCAUUACCUACCACAUUUUAUGAGCGAAUUUACCCUAAACCGAAUUAGAUAGGUUUGUUAUUUUGAUAUUGCACUGCAACACUUAUAUGCAUGAGCGAAGCUUGAAGGUCUCCAAUCUUAAUGGUAAUUUUUUGUUUUUUUAAAUUUGAUGGUUGCGAACUAUAUUCAGUUUAUCUGCAACAAAAUUAUAUUAAUUUAAUGCAUAUGUAAGAUUUACGUUUCAGUUCAUUUUGUUCACCAAGACAGCGAAAUAUUUGAUUUUAUUAAGAACUUAUAUACUGUCAGUAGAGUGAAGACGAUUUUUUUCCUUGAAAGAGAUUGCACAAUGAUUAAUAUAACAAGAACAUUUUAUUAUUUUAUCUUAUUUAAAGAAAAAUAUCAAAUGAAACUAAAUUACGCGUCAUGAAAACCCGCAUAGGAACUCUUUAAAACGGUUCAGAAUCUUCUUUCCUUAAAAUGUGUAUUCCUGCUUUGAACAAGUGGCUAGGCCUUACACCAAAUACGAUUGUUCUAAAAUUUAAUAGUAUCCUUGUCUAAAUACUUUUUUCUGUAUAAAAAUCGUUAUUUCUAGGGCUAAACCAAUUCGAGAUUAAUUUUUAUUUUUUUUUAUUUUCAAGCUUUUCUUGUCUCUGAUUCUGACCUUUUGUUCAAUUGUACAUGAUUAUACUAAAUUGCUUUUCCUAUAAAAAAAAAAUACCUGUAUGUUAAACAAAGGAAUUUAGAAACUGACAUUUUUACAUAUUGUUUCGUUUUUCUGUGCUUUUUUUCUUUUGAUUUUAUGUUUUACCUAUUGGCCAGUAUUGUCCGUUCAUUUACGGUCAUGUCAACGAUAUAAUAGGGCAUUUCGAACGAUAGAAAUAACGAUUUUUACCGGACUUGACUUUUUUAUUCCCAUACCGUACAUAUCAUACCCGGAGUCAUUUGUCUUUGUGCGUAGUUUUGGUAGUUUUGCAAGAUUAAACAUGUUUACUGGUAUGUUUUUCGAAACGUUUUUAUUUAAUAAAAAUAUUAUGUAAGUUUUCUUUUGCAUUUUUGUUUUUUAAGUAAUUUUAUGUAGUUCAUUUACAUUACGUAUGUAUAUAUUUUUUAAUAUUCUUAAAACAGAACAUAGCAUGAAGACCAUUGUCGGAGAUUAUAUUCUGUUAAAGAGAUGUCAUGUGUUCAGUUUUAAUUAGAAUUGUAAAGCAAUAAAUAUUAAAACAUCACAAGUAUUUUAA